AUGGCAGGAUACACUUGUGUCCAGUGCCUACAGGUUCUCCGUCAAGGAGUCAGGGCCUCUGCCCCUCAGGCUCGCCUGCAGAGCCUCGCCACCGCGCGGAGAAGAAGCCCCAUCUCCCCGUCUUUCAUCCGCAGCUUUGGCUCACAACGCAACGGUCGAUCGCUGGGCAACACCCCAGAGCAGCCCAAGCACACACACAAUCAGACCUGCUGUGCUCCCAAGUCCUCACCUUCGCCCCUCACCCAGCGGGCAGCUCACACGGCAACCGGGUCCUCCGUCAACCCUCGGGCCGUCCUGAAACCUGACAACCUGUUCCACUCUUUCUCGAACUCGCCCUCGCCAGCAAUUCGCAAGCGCGCGGAGUUCAUAAAACAGAAUGCCUUCUGCCCCCAUCCUAGCCACCAGCAAACCCGCGCGGCCGUCUCGCCGCACGACCCCGAAGCCAGAAAAACCACCGAUGAUACAAACCUGCCCCCGGCCCAUUCGCACUUCGAGUGCCCCGAUUGCGGUGUGCCAGUCUACUGCUCCGAGGGUCAUUGGAUGGAUGACUUCGAGGCUCACCUCGAGAUCUGUGACACUCUGCGCCAGAUCAAUGAGGACGACCACGACCUGCACUCCGGCCGCUUCUUCCACGAAUUCCAUUACCCCGGUCCUCAGGAUGAUAACUUCGUUAUCAACAUGACUAACUGGGACACUUACCUCUACACCCGUGAAUUCGCGGCGAUCAACGACGACCGCUCCAUGCGUCAGGUUACCCGCAUGCUCACCUACCCCAGACAAUCGGCAGUGUCCUGCACGAACUUAGCCCCCCUCCGCUACACCCUCCACCCACCCAAAGCCGGUGAAAGCAUCGACGUCAAGGGCCUCCGCCUGAAAGCGCCCCCGUACAUGUACCCGCGCGCCCUGCUGCAUCUGAUCUUCAUCGGGCCGGAGAGUAUGGCGAACCGAGACGGGGAGUAUCCGCUUCCCGAGCGCACGCCCGAGAACCCCUUCGGCGGCAUCGUCGAGGACAGACUCGGUGGUCAGAUGAAGAUCACUACUUACGUGGACUACUUCCACACUAUGAACAAGGCGCAGUAUUUCGGUCCCUUUGAUCCUUACUUGGAUUGCUUCAUGCUCUUCCAUCCUGGUUUGGGUCACCCUGCUAGCUCGCAUGAGUGGGAGGAGACGCUGCCUCAGUUGCUUGAGACGAAGGUCCCUAUCAUCUGUACUGGGUAUACGCAGUGGGAUCUGGAGCGCGAUAUCAACUGGGUGGGUGAGAAGUGUCGUGGGGAGUUCGAUGUGCUUCUUGAGCCUGGGGAGAAUAUCUUCCGCAGUCUGCGCUGGGACCUGAAUGAUCAGGAUCCUCAUGAUGUUUCUUGUGGAAACUGGGGAUUGUGGGCCUUCCGAGGCAAGAGGUACGAAGCUGCUUUCUCUAAAGAAGAGUAG